GACAGCAACAGUUUCCGUUCUCGUCUGCUGCAGUGCAAUAAGCGAGCGAUCACAUACUGUAACUUCGUUUUUGUGCACAGUUUGAACUGCUUGCGUUGUUCCGCACGCCACGCAAUUGUCCAUGGACCCGAGGAGGAGGCGGCUGCUGCUAUUAAAGAAGAAGCUCCUCCUUCUAAUGAUGCUAAGGAAACAGCAGCAACAACAGAGGCGGCGUGUUUGGGUCCAGCCGAUGUUUCUGGAGCGCAAACAAAGGAGUCUCUACUACACCGCAAUGCGCAGACUUCGUGACGGAGAUUACGAUAUGUUCUUCAAAUUGUAUCGCAUGACACCGCGGCUAUUCGACAUUUUGCUGUCCUUUGUCGAGGACGACCUGACGCGGCAACAUGUUGUCAGGGAGCCCCUGGAACCAGGAGAGCGACUUGCAAUAACGUUGAGUUACUUAGCCUCAGGCAAGGACAUCAGGGACGUCGCUAAUGCUUAUCUGGUGGGAAUCGAAACUGCGCGGAAAAGCAUUCACGACACCUGCCGGGCGAUCUGGACGCAACUGAAGCACCGUUUUAUGAAGGUGCCAACCAAAGAAGACUGGUCUCAAAUAGCUGAUGACUUUGAGAAGAGCUGUCAGUUUCCGAACUGUCUGGGUGCCAUUGAUGGCAGGCACGUGACCGUCGUCACCCCACGCCAUUCAGGUGUUGGAUACAUGAACCACAAGGGUUCUUACUCCGUGGUGCUAGUGGCUGCAGUCGACAGCAACUGCAAGUACAUCUUCAUCGAUGUCUAUGCUGAGAGCCGUCAACAGCAUAGCGACGUCUUUGAAAGUUCGGACUUUGGCCAGGUGCUUCUCGGUGGCUCUCUAGACCUUCCUUUGACGGCACCAUUACCCCGCUCUGACGGAAAAAGCGCUGCCUACACCUUCGUCGGUGACGAGGCUUGUCCACUACGGAGGAACCUCGUGAUACCAUUCCCGGCGGGACAGGCUAAAAAUGAGAGAGCAGUCUUCAAUUACAGGCUGAACCGAGUGAGGAGAUGCGCAGAGAAUGCUUUCGGACUCACAGCAGCCCGUUGGAGAGUGCUGCUCCGAACCGUUCACCUGCAGCCAAGCAAUGCCGACUACGUCAUCAGGGCAGCCUGCAUAUUGCAUAAUUUUCUCACUGAUCUGCAUCCCCAGCUGGAGGGCUACAGAGACACGGAAGACAGCGUCGGCAAUGUAGCUCCGGGUCACUGGCGGCAAAGUGUCGAAGAGGCAAACGAGAAGGAGCCACACUAUUUUCCUCUUGAAGCGAAGCACGUGGAGGACGCAGAUGGAGCUGGUUCAGAGACUAGGCACGAAUUCAUGGCAUACUUCUGCAGCAGCGAGGGGGAGAUCCCAUGGCAAUGGCAUCUGCCAGAUGUGUCGAAAGAGGCCACGCUGAUGCACCUGCGUGAACAGCAGCUUCUACCAGUCCCAUCGUGAAUGCCCUCAGAAAUCUUCAAAGCUUUACGUUCGGGCACUCUGCGGAGCCAGCACCUGCAUUCUUGCGGGACUUGUACACCAGCGGAUAAAGACUACAAAGUGUGUAGACCUUUGUUUAGAGGCACAGCAGAUGCUGGAUGUAAAGUAAACUCUCUGCUGCAGCAUUGUUA